AUGGGAGUCCCGGCGUUCUAUCGAUGGCUCAGCGAAAAGUAUCCCAAAAUUAUCGUCGACGUGAAAGAGGAGCUGCCAGAGUGGAUCAAUGGGGUGGAGGUGCCGGUGGAUACGUCCACGCCCAACCCCAAUGGAAUCGAGUUUGACAAUCUGUACUUGGACAUGAACGGCAUCAUCCAUCCCUGCUUCCACCCCGAGGACAGGCCGGCCCCCACCACCGAGCGCGAGGUCUUCCUGAACAUCUUUGACUACAUUGACCGGCUCUUCGCCAUGGUGCGCCCCAGGAAGGUGCUCUACAUGGCCAUCGACGGCGUGGCGCCGCGCGCGAAGAUGAACCAGCAGCGCUCGCGGCGCUUCAGGGCGGCCCAGGAGAUGGAGGAGAAGGAGGCGGAGGAGGAGCGGCUGCGAGAGGAGUUUGCAAGACAGGGCAUCGUGGUCCCCAGGAAGGAGCGCUCAGAGAUCCACGACUCAAACACCAUCACGCCGGGCACGCCCUUCAUGCACCGCCUGAGUGUGGCGCUGCAGUACUACGUCCACACGCGCCUCAACGACGACCCGGGGUGGAGGGACAUCGAGGUGAUCCUGUCUGACAGCAACGUCCCUGGGGAGGGCGAGCACAAGGCCAUGGCGUUUGUGCGAGAGCAGCGGGGGCGGCCCGGGUGGAACCCCAACACGCGGCACUGCAUGUAUGGGCUGGAUGCUGACCUAAUCAUGCUGGCCCUGGCCACGCACGAGCCGCACUUUGCGAUCCUGCGUGAGGUGGUCUUCCAAAAGAACGCGCCGCCUGGCGGGGGCGGGGGCCGCCACGACCCCUCCAAGCCCCUCAUCCCGCUGCCUGGCCAGGAGGCGGAGGAGGAGGAGCAGAAGCCGGAGAUGGUGCGCAAGCCCUUCCAGUUCCUGAUGGUCAACGUGCUGCGCGAGUACCUCGCCCUGGAGUACCGCAUCCCCCGCAUGCCCUUCCCCUUCGAUGCGGAGAGGAUCUACGACGACUUUGUGUUCAUGUGCUUCUUCGUGGGCAACGACUUUUUGCCCCACAUGCCCACCCUGGACAUCAGGGAGGGCGCCAUCGAUCUCAUGAUCAAGGUCUACAAACAGGAGAUCGCGUUCCAAUGA